CUUAGCCUGGAACAGCUGUCGCAGUAGUCACAGGGAUGGACAGAUGGAAACAUCUGACAGUUUGCUAUUUCUUGGACAUGGAACGUUGUGUUGCUCUGCCUAGCAGUCACCAGCUGUAGGUGAGGAUUCAGAAUGGGAGACAAGCCUAUCUGGGAGCAGAUUGGGUCCAGCUUCGUACAACAUUACUACCAGCUUUUUGAUGCAGACAGGACUCAGUUAGGAGCAAUAUAUAUUGAUGCAUCAUGCCUUACGUGGGAAGGACAGCAGUUCCAGGGCAAAGCAGCUAUCGUUGAAAAACUCUCUAGCCUUCCUUUCCAAAAAAUACAACACAGCAUCACAGCACAAGACCACCAACCUACACCUGACAGCUGUAUACUCAGUAUGGUAGUGGGACAGCUUAAGGCUGAUGAAGAUCCUAUCAUGGGAUUCCACCAGAUAUUUCUAUUAAAGAACAUCAACGAUGCCUGGGUUUGCACCAAUGACAUGUUCAGGCUAGCAUUGCACAACUUUGGCUGAGCUGGCGACCCCGAGGCACCUGUUCUUUUUUUUUUUCCUCCUCUCCUCUUACUGAUACUAUUCACACUCACAGAACAUUCCAAAUAUCAUACACAAACCUGCAGCACUGCAGAGCGUGAGCAAGCAAGAGCUGUGACCUGCCCUUCUGCUGAGUUUACAUUGUCACUAGAUGAGUUCCUUGUGCAUGAUGUUUGGAAGUUAGUUAGCUGCAUUUGACAAGAGAAAUUUGUGUUGUACCAGCAUGCCUCGGAAAGAAUUUAAAAUGCAAAAGGUUGUUGUUUAUGUACUGACAAGAUGCUCUAUAACCCAAAGAAUUGAAAGAACAGCAGCCUGUACAGCCCAGAUACCGAUUUGUUCAGACGUUUCAAUGCUACAUUACACAAUAAAAACAUAAGAUUUUUUCUUAA